GUCAGUACGUAAGCGACUGCUGGAAGACCGAAUUGCUAAAGAAAAGAAAUGGCGAUGCUCGGAGGUUUCAGCUCCACACAACACAAGAAAAACGUCUCUGGUGGCAGCGGGGACGUGUCCGAGUUCCUUUGCCCGGUUUGCCUGGAGAUAUUCGACAGUCCCGUCACCACACAGUGCGGCCAUACGUUCUGCCAGAGUUGCUUGCAACAGUGUUUGCGUCCACAGAAACCGGUUUGUGCUGUGUGUAGGGCGACACUUGGUUUUUGCACCAAAGCCGUUGAGCUGGAGGCCCUCAUCCAGACGUCUGUGGCAGCAUGCAAGGGUUGUGGCUCUCAGGUUGGUCUGUCUCAGAUGAGAAGCCACACAGCAGCAUGCUCCAAGUACCAGGAGUACAUUGAGGAGGGAGUGAGAACCACAGCACAGAGUCUUCCUGUUGUCCUGAGCCCAGUGCCAAACCGGUUCACCUUCACCUGCCCUUACUGCAACUGCCAGAACCUGGAUCAAGACAGUCUGGUGGAACACUGCACGACCCUGCACGCCCGUGACACCCGCCAAGUGGUGUGUCCCAUCUGUGCCUCAAUGCCCUGGGGUGACCCAAAUUACAGGAGUACUGACUUUUUCCAGCAUCUGAAGAUUAGACACACCUUUUCGUACGACACUUUUGUUGACUACUCCACAGAUGAGCACACUAUGAUCCAAGAGGCUCUACAGCGCUCUCUUCUGGACAACUGACGUGCAAUAAUACAGGAGAAUAACGGGAGUCGUCUUCAAAAGACAUCGUCCUAGCACAUCUACUCAUUCACGAUCAGAAUGGUGGUAAAUGACUCGCGGCAUAUAAUAAAACUGGGAAUUGACAUUGUAACUAAAUUGUAUAUGAAGCUGUUUUAUUAAGGUUUGAUCUCUUUAUUUUUCUCUCACUUUAACCUUAGAUUUGAUAGUUUCAGAACAGCUUUUUCAUACAUUUAUUGAGCUGUUUCUGUGCUGAGGGAAUGGCGUUAUGUGGCCGAAAAAAGUCGACGACGUUAAAAGGUCAAGUUCCCUGUUGUCAGUACUUGAUGUAAUGAGGGGGAUUUACCACUAGGUGGCUGUCUGUAGCCAUCAAUCCGACUUCACAUAGUGAAGUAAAAUUAUAAAGUAAUAACAUACUUUAAAGUGUUUUUCUUUUGUUUAUUUUGCUUUAUUAUGAAUGUUUGUCUGUCUUGUACUUAGAGGCCUACUGAAAAUAAACCAUCUGAGAAACGACUUGAGUAAAGGCUGCAAGUAGAUUUUGUUCCUGUGUCUUUAACAAGUUAAAAUACUGUGAUAAGUAAACUGAUGGGAUAAAUCGAGGUCUUCUAAGUGGGACAUGCCUGGGGUAACACAUUAUACUCAAAACAUGGCUGGCUUCUCUCAAUGUGAAGGAUCAGCAGGUCCACUUUGAGCCACGCUUCAAUCAAUAAAUGAUCUCUGUCAAUAUCGUGAUGUUUUCAUUCGAGUUUGUGAUGAUAUGUGGUGAAUAUUGUGUUAAGAUCGUACUAAAUCACGAGCCAGGAAUUCGCUUAUUGAAUGAAUGCUGUAGCCUACCGCAACCAGUUGGAGGCAGUCGAGUUCCACCAGCUCAUCCUUGUGUUAGGCGGGAAGACGCAAAUCAAGUUUUUAUGAUCGGCCGUCUUAUGAUGAAAUAUUGUGUAUUAAAAAAAAGAACAAUGUGUGAUUGAUAAACAUUUAAAAUCCUGAACGCUUUG